AGGCCGGAGAAAAUGAGGCAACGCGUAAUAGCCAUUGUCCUUUUUUUGUUGUGGCUUUUUGGGAAAUCGCAUGGAGCGUUUCCAAACCAGAUAAAUAUUGGUGGUCUCUUUAUGCGCUCUACAGUGCAGGAGCACAGCGCUUUCAGAUUCGCUGUCCAGCUGUAUAAUACCAAUCAAAAUGUGACGGAAAAACCUUUCCAUCUCAAUUACAAUGUAGACAAUCUCGAAUCCUCGAACAGCUUCUCCGUCACACAUGCGUUCUGCUCCCAGUUCUCCAGAGGAGUGUACGCCAUCUUCGGCUUCUACGACCAGAAGUCCAUGAACACGCUAACCUCGUUCUGUGGGGCUCUGCACACCUCCUUCAUCACACCCAGCUUCCCCGCCGAUGCCGACGUGCAGUUUGUCAUCCAGAUGAGGCCUCCUCUACGGGGAGCUGUCCUCAGCCUGCUGGCCCACUACAAGUGGGAGAAGUUUGUCUACCUCUACGACACUGAGAGGGGUUUCUCUAUCCUCCAGGCCAUCAUGGAGUCAGCGGUGGCCAAUAACUGGCAGGUUACGGCCCGGUCGGUGGGCAGCAUAGUAGACCCUACAGAGUACAAACGCAUCAUAGAGGAGAUGGACCGUAGGCAGGAGAAACGCUUCCUCAUCGACUGUGAAGUGGGAAGAAUCAAUGCCAUCCUGGAUCAGGUAGUGACCCUGGGGAAGAACAGCAGAGGCUACCACUACAUCCUGGCUAACCUGGGCUUCGCUAACAUGACCCUGGACAAGGUGUUUGCUGGAGGAGCCAAUAUAACAGGCUUCCAGAUCAUCAACCCAGAGAACCCAAUAGUCAUACAAUUCCUCCAGCGCUGGGAACGCCUAGACGAGAGGGAGUUUCCUGAGGCUAAGGGCACUCCACUGAAGUACACGUCAGCGCUGACCCAUGACGCCGUGUUGGUACUGGCAGAGGCCUUCCGGUACCUGCGGAGGCAGAGGGUGGACGUGUCCCGGAGGGGGAGCGCUGGGGACUGCCUGGCCAACCCAGCCGUACCUUGGAGCCAAGGCAUUGACAUAGAGAGAGCACUCAAAAUGGUCCAGGUACAAGGUAUGACAGGGAAUAUCCAGUUUGACUCGUUUGGUCGGAGAGCCAACUACAGCGUCGAUGUGUAUGAGAUGAAAGUAGGGGGGCCCAAGAAGACCGGGUACUGGAAUGAAUACGAAAAAUAUGUAUUUAUUGUGGAUGCGCAGGUCACCAACGAGUCCUCUUCUGUGGAAAACCGAACGAUUGUGGUCACUACUAUUAUGGAGUCUCCUUAUGUGAUGUACAAGCGAAACUACUUGUCGCUGGAGGGGAAUGACAGAUAUGAAGGCUACUGUGUCGAUUUAGCUGCUGAAAUUGCAAAACAUGUGGGGAUAAGAUACAAACUGUCAGUAGUUGCGGACGGGAAGUAUGGUGCAAGGGAUCCAGAGACCAAGACGUGGAACGGGAUGGUGGGUGAACUGGUAUAUGGGAGAGCCGAUAUAGCAGUGGCUCCUCUAACUAUAACAUUGGUACGAGAGGAGGUGAUAGACUUCUCUAAGCCUUUUAUGAGCCUGGGGAUCUCCAUUAUGAUAAAGAAGCCUCAAAAGUCAAAGCCGGGCGUGUUCUCCUUCCUGGACCCGCUUGCCUAUGAGAUCUGGAUGUGUAUAGUGUUUGCCUAUAUCGGCGUGAGCGUGGUGCUCUUCCUGGUCAGCCGCUUCAGCCCCUAUGAGUGGCAUCUGGACGAAAACGACGAGGCCAAAGACCCCCAGAGCCCUCCAGACCCACCAAACGACUUUGGGAUUUUUAAUAGCCUGUGGUUCUCCCUGGGCGCCUUCAUGCAGCAAGGAUGCGAUAUCUCGCCAAGGUCUCUGUCGGGCAGAAUCGUGGGGGGUGUGUGGUGGUUCUUUACCCUCAUUAUCAUCUCCUCCUACACGGCCAACCUGGCUGCCUUCCUCACAGUGGAGAGGAUGGUGUCUCCCAUAGAGAGUGCUGAGGACCUGGCCAAGCAGACAGAGAUUGCCUACGGGACCCUAGACUCAGGCUCCACUAAGGAGUUCUUUAGGCGCUCCAAAAUAGCAGUUUAUGAAAAAAUGUGGUCUUACAUGAAAUCAGCUGAACCGUCAGUGUUCGCCAAGACCACACCAGAAGGGGUUGCCCGAGUGCGAAAGUCGAAAGGCAAAUUCGCCUUUCUUCUUGAAUCCACAAUGAACGAGUACAUUGAGCAGCGGAAACCUUGUGACACCAUGAAAGUUGGCGGCAACCUCGACUCUAAGGGAUACGGUGUGGCCACACCUAAAGGCUCAGCAUUAAGAAAUGCUGUUAACCUGGCAGUGUUAAAACUGAAUGAGCAAGGCCUCUUGGACAAAUUGAAAAACAAAUGGUGGUACGACAAGGGAGAGUGCGGCAGCGGGGGAGGUGACUCCAAGGACAAGACAAGUGCUCUAAGCCUGAGCAAUGUGGCGGGAGUCUUCUAUAUUCUGGUUGGAGGGCUAGGGCUGGCUAUGACCGUGGCUUUGAUAGAGUUCUGUUAUAAGUCACGGGCAGAAACCAAAAGACUGAAACUGGCUAAGAAUGCCCAAAAUUUUAAACCAGCUCCUCCGGCAAACACCCAGAAUUUUGCCACGUACCGAGAAGGCUAUAAUGUGUAUGGAACAGAGAGUGUUAAAAUCUAGGGGAUCUGAAGUCUGUCCCUUCCGCU